AUGCGGCCCGCGCCGCGGGGCGAUCGCUUGCACCUCUGGCGCGUCGCCGAGGUCGCGGCGUCGCUGCAGGCGGCGGUGGAGCCGUCGUUCGGUCCGAGAUAUACCGACGAGGACGACGACGACGCUGGGUUGGGUCGGAAGGGAUGGAGCGGGGCGGACGCGCUCGAGUCGACGCGCUCGGCGCAUCCCGCGGCCGCCCUGAUCGCUCGCGUCGUGCGACAGCACGCGGACAAGUGCGGCGACGGUUCGCGCGCCAUGGUCGGCGCGAUCGCCGCGGGCCUAAGGCGCGCGGCGGAGGCGUGCGGCGAUGGCCCUCCCGACGGGCCCGUCGCGCGCGAGAGGCGCGCGCGGUUGGUGAACGCGCUCGUCCGCCUCUCGCGCGGCGACGCCGCCGCGGUGCUCUUCGAGACGCUGACGCGCGUUGCCGUCGUGGUUCCCGUGCCCCGCCACGGCCGAUGGGCGCGGCGGCGAAGCGGCGAUGCCGGCGCGGCCGACGACGACGGUGGCACGCGAUGGUGGCAUCGCGACGACGCCUUUCGAGCGGCGGCGAGGUCAGUCGCCGGGACGGUCAUAGCCGGCGCCGUGGCGUCGCGCGAAACGCGCGCGCGACUCGCCUCCGUCGUCGCGUCCCUCGUCACCAACACCCUGCGCGCCGCAUCCGAGGAUGACGGGGCAUUCGAAGACGACGAUGACACGGCUGGCGGCGACACGGAUCACGCGGCUUUCGUCCAUCGAACGCUUCGGGCGCUCGCGUCGGACCCUCCCCUCGUGCUCGCGCCUGGAGAUGGACACCACCCGCGGGCAGGCCAAUCCCGCUCGUGCGUCGUGGAGGGCGUGCUGGUGCGUCGUAACGGUCGUAACGGUCGUCGUGCUCGCGUCCCGGGUGUCGACGGCGAGUGCGGCGUCGUCGUCAUGUAUCGAACCGCGCCGACCGACGAACUCGACGACCGUUACGACCGUUACGACGCACCCACGCGUGUUGAACUCGCGUGUUCCGAGACGAGGCUGGCGGGGUGGCGACGGGAGUCCGCGGCGCAACGCGCGGGUGUGUUGGCGCGGCGUCGCGUCCGGCUGGUGUUUUGCACGGAGGAGGCGGGGGACGACGCGGUCGAUUCAUUUGCCGAAAACGGGAUCGAAAUUGUACAGGGCGUGUCCGAACUCGACGCUCUACGCGUCUGUCGCGUCCUGCGCGUCCUCCCGUGCACCUCCUCGCUCCCGAACGCGCUCGAGACGUGCGACGUCGGCAUCGUGGACGGGCUCUCGGCGCAGCGCAUCGGCGGCGACGCGUUUGCGUACCUUCGAACCGAUCGAGCGUUUACCGGGAUAAUUCACGGGGUUGAUUUUGUUCAAGCGAGGGCGGCGAGGAACUUGGUGGCCCGCGCGCUCGCCGCGGUGGCGACGGCGUCGGUGCCGUCCGUGCACCCCGUCGCGGAGCUCGCGGGGGAGGAGGGGCGGGCGGGUGCCGAGGGGGGUGCCGAGGGUGCCGACGGGGUGCCGAGGGGUGGGUCGCUGACGCUGGUUCCCGGCGCGGGGGCGGCGGACUCGUGCGUCGUCGCCGCGGUGAAGGAGCGGCUCGACGAAUUACGAGCGGGGAACAUGUUGCGGACUCGGGACAAAGACGGGGACGGGGGUUUUCUCCCUCCAGCCGACGCGGCGGCGACGACGGCGGCGUGGGAGGUGCUGCUCGCGACGGCGCGCGCGUGUCCGGCGAUGUUGGCGUCGUCGGCGUGCGAUCGACGCGCGCGACGGUACCGCGACGAGGACGGCGGCGGCGGCUGCGACGACGACGACGACGACGACGCCGCCGCGUCGAUCGUCGUCCGAACGUGGCCGCCGGUCGACGACAGACAACGUUCGGACGUCGCGGCGAUUCCUGUCCCAAGUUUUCGCGAUCAUUCCGGCUCUCGGUCGGUGAAGACCCGUUCCUUCUCCGCCGCGCGUCUGGUCGCGACCCUGCACGCCGUGAACGCGUCCGCGAUGCGAUCCACCGACCGACGGGUACCCUGCGUCGGCCUGCUCGUUCCAGGCGCGUCGUGCGAGGCGUUCGUGCCGGGCACCGCGUCGGCGAUGUUCGACGAGCCGCCCAUCCCCGACGCGCUCGUUCGCGCGAUAGAGACGGGGGAACGGCGGUACACGGAAAGUACACAGCUGGCGGACCCGGGGAAGGCGUCGACGUUCGAGGCGUUGGCGGGAAAGUACGCGGCGUUGAUCGGCGCGCUGGACGUCGUGACGGCGCUGGCGAGGAUAGACGCGGUUCUCCCCGUCACGCGGGGCGUCUCCGUCGCGGCGUUUUCGAGAACCUUUGGAGCGCGUCGACUUCGCGGUUCGAGCUUCGAGGGUGCCGAGGGUGCCGAGGGUGCCGACUCCGACGGGGACGGGGCGUCGUCGUACGCGGAGGAUGGCGACGAUACCGACUUUGACGACGAUUGA